AUGGAGGACCCCGAGACCCAACCACCGAGUCCUAAGCGGCUCCGUCUGGAAGAGCGGGGAGCAGUCCCCGAGGGGGCAUGGCGGCUGCCUUUGGUACCCCGUUUGUCUGAGGUGGAAAAAGUCUGGGAAUCGUCACCCCGUCGUCCCCUCAAGGAGCUUUUGCUUUCUGCCAACGUGCUUUUUGGUAGCGGGACAGAAUUCAGUCAGGGGGUGUCAGUCAGUGGGGCGCCCUGGUGCGAUGUGGGACGACGCCAGGAAAGCCGAGAUCUGAAGAGGCGUCGAAGUUGGAGGUCUCUCCCCUCACAGAGCUUCCAGCCUCCUCCGAAAGCUUCCAGAAGGUUUUCUGAAGCAGAAUUCAGCGACUCAGAGGUUUUGGGGGUACACAGCACUGAUAGAAUAGAAGCAGAAGCUGGCCAGCUUCAGCCUAACGCUCCCAUGUGCAAAAUGCAGGAGGCCCAAGACGCCAAACAAUGUGCACCCCAAGAUGGAGACAGUAGUCACAAGGUCACUCGUUCUCUGAAACGGACCCUGAGCCCACUUUUUGACAUCACCUUUUAUAAGAAAACUAAGCCAGGACCUAGAGACAUUAAGAAUAGAACUCUAGCCCACACCACCAGGGUUAUGACAUGCAAGAAGGAAAAGAACAUUCCAGUCUUGACACCCCAAAUAUCAAAAUCUCAAAACCUACUCAGCGCGAGAAGUGACGAACCCAGCUGUUUGAGAGAUGGGACUCCACAACGGAGCCCCAAUUUUCCAGCAGAUUUCAAUAGCAAGAUGUCCUCUGUCUAUUUAAAGGAAAUUGCAAAGAAAAAUGACACCAAGGAGGCAUAUGUUAGGGAUGUCCCAAACGUUUAUUGGCCCCAGAAUAGACCUGAUGUUAAGCAAAAGUUACAGGAUGCUUACAAACGUGUGGCUAUAGAAAAUACUUUUCCUGAAUAUUAUGAAAGUAACCCCUCGUCACUCAGCAACCAAAAUACUUAUGUGAGGAAAAAUGAGUUGAUUAGUGUAAAUUAUUACAACUCUAGUAGACUCAAGCCUGAUAUAAGAUAUUCUGGAAAGAAAGUUACUGUAAUAGUAGAAAAUGCAGAUUGGGAAGAUUUAACAAUGGGUUUACUCCGUUACCUGUCUACCUUUAGUUUGGAAAAAUCUCACACACUAGAAACUAGAAACUAUAACUCUAGAUAUAUUUUGACAAAACCCAGGGAAAAUCGUAUUCUGGAUAAUUAUGGGACAAAAUGUCAAACUAUGAGAAAAACUGAAGAAAACGUUGGUUUAUUGCAAUUACUAGAAGUAGAUUCUUUGGGUAAAGGAGAAUAUUAUAGUGUAAAAUCCAUGAAUACUUACGGAAAACAAUCAAAGUCUCUCAUGAUAGGAAUGCAGUGUAGUCAAAAAGCUUUAAUAAAUUAUUUUUGGUUAAAUGACAAAGAAGAAAAUGAUAGUAUGCUACAGUUAAGAUAUGAUGCUAUACAAAAAGGUUUUCAUUUAAGCAGCAUUUUUGAAAGUUUUAUUACAGAAAUUUUUUGUUUCUAUGAAAGUAUUUCAGAAACUCAGAACAAUGACAUUUUAACCUGGUAUGAAAAUUUGACAAGGAAAAAGCACGUUGGUGGUCAAAAUCUAGUAAUGAGAAACAUGAACAUCAAUAGGAAGCACAAUAUCUUAGGAAUAUAUUUACAAACCAGUUUUUCAGAACCUCUAAAGAUUAUAUUGAAAGCUAACAUAGAUUCUUUGCUCAAUAAGACUGACUCUUCAACAAUUACUGAAAGCAAUUAUAAAUUAAGACAAGCAUACAUUUUCAAGUGGAUAGUGCAUUUAAAAUAUCCAAAAAACGUAAUGGAAAAUCAAACUGUAUAUCUAGGAAGGAUUUUAAUGUUUUCAAAACUCUUAGAAGAUACUCUGAAACCUAUGUUAGAAAAAAUGUUAUUUAAAAGUAAAAAUGUUUUUGAGGAGUCUAAGGGAAAAAGCAUUUAUUCCUCCAGUAUGACAAUGGCAACUACACACUUUCCAAUAUUUGAAUCAUAUGAAAGAAUUCCUCUUUCAAUGAACUUUGAUGAUGUGAGAGGAAUGUUUUGGACAAAAGAAAUUGCUUAUAGCAAUAAGAGUUGUCCUGAACAACUUAUUCUUGUGAAAAAUAGGAGUCACAUCAUUAGAAACACAGUUGAAUCAUGUGUUAUACUUGAUCCUCAACUCAUACAGAGCAACCAUAGGUGUAUUAAUGAAUAUUUUGAUGAAAUAAAUACAUACAACCUAGAUUUAGACAUAAAAAGAAAACAGAAAUCUAAUAAGUUGAGUAACUUUACUUUUAAGUGCACACCUGAUGAUAUCCUGGAUAUUAGGCAACUGGUCAUACCAAAAAAUCAGGACAUAAAAUGUAGAAAACAUUCCAAUCAGGCACCUAUAGCACAGACUCUACAUUUGGGGAACUUACGAUGUGAAAAUGAAGGAAAAGAAUAUGACUUAACAUCAAAAAAAGAAGAAAAAGGGACAACAGCAAGUGGUCUUGUUCUACAAAAUAGUAAGAUAGGAAAGGAAGAAAAAAAUUAUUUUUUCUCAAUGAAUGACAUGUUUUCUGUGCAACCAGUUUUGUUAAUGACUGAAAAAGUACCCGAGAGAGAAACUAAUAGAUAUAUUGUUCAAAGUGAUGUAACUGAUGACAAUGGAUUUAAAAGUAUUUUUCAAGACAAAAAGUUAGCUAAUUUAAAGUAUUUUUAUUCAAAGAAAGACUGUACAGAAAGCGAGAAUGAUCAACUUGAUUUUAGUAUAGCAAAUAAAGAAUGUUUUCAGGACUUAACUGCCAAGUGUUUAUCAACAGAAGCUCUAACAACAGUCAAAGAUUUUGAGAUGAAGAGCAAAUUUGAUUUAGUACUUGAAGAACUUCGUGUAUUUCAUGAAAUUAGUAAGGGAAAUGAAAUUCUAAGCACUGCAGAAACAAAGAAUGAUCAAGAAAAUUUUUUUAGAAAAGAUAAUGUUGAGGAGGUAAAAAUGAAGACAGAAAAAGAUUUGAAAAUGAAUACUGUCAACAAAAUUUGUGUAUCUUCUUUGCACUGCGAUAAUAUAGUAGCAGCUUCUCUGAAUAAAAGACAUCAAAGUUUAUUUAAAUGGAAAAAGAUACCUAAAAAUGAUGAGCAGCAAGUUCCUAAAGCAUGUUUCAAUCCAAGGACAUCAGAAGAAGAAUUAUUCUAUUCCACUGAGGAAGAUGGUGCAAAUCAUUCAGCAAAAAGACCUGCUUUGUUUGCUAAUAGGCUGAAUGAAGAAAAAUUUCAUAACUCACUCAAAGGAGAUGGUGCAAAUCAUUCAGCAAAAAGACCUGCUUUGUUUGCUAGUGAGCUGAAUGAAGAAACAUUUCAUGACUCACUCAAAGGAGAUGGUGCAAAUCAUUCAGCAAAAAGACCUGCUUUGUUUGCUAGUGAGCUGAAUGAAGAAACAUUUCAUGACUCACUCAAAGGAGGUAUUAAUUUCUCAAAUGGAAUUUCCAGAGUAUUACCUCUUAAGACAUGUAGUCGACCCAUCAGAAUUGGUUUAUCAAGAAAUGCUAAGCUUAAACAGCUUCAUCCUUAUUUGAAAUAA